GGUAUUUUCGAGUGCGAUUAUUGUCAUGCUGACAUUUCCCAAUUGCCGCGAAUACGUUGUGCGGUGUGUGUCGAUUUCGAUUUGUGCCUGGACUGCUUUACUUCGACUGACCAUGCAACGGCAAUAGCCCAAUUAAACUCUACCGAUAAAUAUAUCGUUUACGAUGAUCCAAAAUUUUUUUGGACUGUGGAAGAAGACUUACGUUUGCUGGAAGGUAUCCAGACGAACGGUUUGGGAAAUUGGGUUGAGAUCGCAGAGGCAGUCGCAGGUCAAGGAUCCAUUGGUAAGACCCCUCGUCGCUGCAUGGAGCGCUACUUUGACGAUUUUCUUGGACGCUACGGCCACAUUCUCCCGUCACACACUUUACAAGCUGAAGGUGAGGAUGAAGUGGAAGAAUCCGAUGCUACAAAGUAUAGUGUAGAAGAAUUUGAUAAGGGAGAUACCGACGACACUCCGUCGCGUACUUCCAAACGUCGGGCGGUGAUGAUGCGUAGCCCAAGCUCAAUGUCAACCAUGGCGACUGGUGCUGAACUCUCUGGCUUCAUGCCUAGACGGGAAGAUUUCGAUGUGGAAUGGGAAAAUGAUGCCGAGCAGGCCGUGGCAGAUAUGGAAUUUCUUCCUGGCGAGCCGAUAGAGGACAAGCAACUUAAACUACAGGUACUGGCAAUCUACAACUCUAAGCUUGAUGAACGUGAGAAGCGCAAGAAAUUCGUCCUCAGUAGAAAGCUAUAUGAUUAUCGGAAAACCCAAACAGAACACGAGAAGCUCCCACAAGACGAACGUGACCUUGUGCAUCGAAUGCGUCUGUUCGAGAGAUUUCAUACGCCCGAGGAACACAAAGAAUUUCUUGCGGAUCUGCUCAAGGCGAAGCGCCUUCGCAAGGAGAUUGCAAAACUGCAAAUGUACCGAAGACUUGGCAUCCGCACAUUGCUCGAAGCGGAAAAAUACGAAUUAGACAAAGAGCGCCGGCAAAGAGAUGAUGGGGAUAUGGAUGCUGUGCAGCCAGUAGAAGAUACAAUUGCGAUACAGGCCAAACUCGAAGUUUCUUCGAGGGCAACCAAGGAAGACGACUUUGCACAUUUGCCUGGUUACAAUCUGCUUUCCUCUCGUGAAGUGUUGUUGUGCCAACGCACAAGGCUAACGCCAGAACAAUAUUUGGAGGUAAAGAACGUGCUGAUUCAAGAGUCACUGCUUAAGGGGCUUCUGGAUAGGGAGGGUCCCGGAUCUAGCAAAAGAGCGUUGGUACGGAUCGACGUAGAGCGACGGGGCGACGUAAUAGACUUUUUAGUUCGGGCCGGC